AGUGUCCUGAGAUAUUUAUGACAGAACGGAGCACUUGCUGGGAAUGUUCUACAUGUAACAAGUUCCUGGAGAUAUCUAUGGCGCUGAACUGAAAGAAUGGAGCACUCCCUGAGCUGAAAGGCUUGGGUAAAUGUGCCUGCAGAUCCGGUGAUUCUAUAUUUGACUUAUGAGGGACCCAGGGAGGCUGAACAUGGAGGAGACACCUACCUGUCCUGGCAAGAACUGGCCCAAGCUUCCUUCACCUCCCCCAUCUGGGAUCCGGCACAGAAGAACAUAGAUCGAAGGACGUGACAGACUCAUCCGAUGGAAUGGAGCAGACUCAGGAUCACGGGGCCUUUGGCUCUACCAGCUCUCGGUGUAAAUAUGAUGAAGAUAAUUCGAGGACUUUUCAGCCAACACAGCAAAACAAAGUAGAUGAUGGCCAUGACAGAUCGUGUAAGUCCCCAACGCCAGGAUGUGCGGAGAGAAACGACAAAUCACCAGAUUAUUCAGACAAUGACACAAUCAAGGAAAGCAAAGAUGAAUGCGAAGGAGAAAAUAAAGGAACUUCCAGAGACAAAAAAACCUUAUAUAGAGACUUAUUGAAGAAGAUGAAUAUGGAUCUAUAUGAAACCAAAAGUCUAAUAUUGCAAGACUUUCUUCAGAUCGAUAAAGAAUGUUUACAGAGGAUUGAUUAUUGUCAGAGAAAGUCUGCAGCUUGGAAUUUUAUACAUAAAAUAAUUGCAUUAAAUGGAACAGCCAGAGCCAUAAUUACAUCAAGUGAGAACGAGAGUGAAGAUUCUCAGGAUGAACAAGAUGGUGUAACUUGUGGCUUUUCUAAUACUGUUCACCCCCUAGAUGUUCUGUGCCUUGUCCUGCAUUGCUGUGACCUUUUUCUGCAGCAGGAGAUUAUACUGAAAAUGUCUAUGUGCCAAUUUGCUGUCCCUUUUCUGCUCCCUGCUGUUGAUGGGCCAGGCUGUACCUUCAUGCUUUGGGGAAUGAGAGAUAUUGUAAAAAGUUGGAGGCCUCAAUCACUAGCAGAAACAAAGGGAUUUAUGCAAGAGAAUCUUGUUCAGAUAUCUAUGCCAACAUUCAGUUUUGUUAGAUUGGGGGAAAGUAAAUUAUCUAAAUCUACCAUCCUGAAUCAGGUUCUCAGCCCAACUCAGCAAACCCAAGACUUCUUUGUUCAUGACAAUAUGGAAGGGGGUAAUUUCACAAGGGAGAUAUCUGAGGGGCUGGUAGAAAUAUCCUGGUAUUUUCCCGCUGGUAAAGGUAAAUCAGAUAUUUUCCCAGAGCCAGUUGCAUUUGCAAACCUUCAUGGAAACCUGGAAGACAGCUUGAAAGAGUUUGCAUUUCUAACUCAGAUUUCAUCUGCUGUGUUUAUUUUUGUUCAGGAUAUUAAUAACAAUCUGUUUGACUUUUUAUCCCAAUAUGAAAACUCUCAGACAAACUUUGUCAUUAUUGUCAAGGAAAGCAGGGAAAUAAACAAAGACACAGGUCUCACAAAUGUGACUGUACUUCAGUCUGGUAGCAAAGCUAAUGGAGCAACAAUAGCAAAGAGAAUUCGAGCAUCUGCUAAAAAUCUCAUAAAGAAAGGAUGCCGUGCCCUGAGCCUGGAAGAUAUGGCAGAAAUUGCUCCCAAACUAGAAAUCUCUGUUGAUGAGAAUGUGAUAGAAUGUCAGAAUGCAAAAGCAGAGGCCAAAGCAAUAGCAGAUGAGAUAAAAGAAAUUGCUGAGUACAAGAAGGAUACAAUGAGGCUGCAGGGAAAUUUGUGGAAAAAGCUGUCCGAACUGGAAAAAGAAAUGUGUCAAAUGAAAAAACAAGGUGCUGAACAUGGAGAGAGUUACAAAUUGGAACUACAAAGGCAAUGUGCAGAAAUACGUGAGAAACAGUAUAAUUGCACAAUCCCAAAUGGCAUUAGUAAAUUUAUUGAUACAAUCAUGAAAAAGAACUACACAGAAAUGUGUUAUUUUGUAAAAUGGCUUCGAUUUUAUCUUGAUUCAGCUGCCAGGAAGAACCUCUCUGCUUUAAAAGCGGAGUUUAAAGAGAAAUCAAACAGUUCCAAAAUGAACGAGCUGUCUGGCCUUGAUCAGAAACUAUCAGACAGUUCCCUGGGGAUUGAACAUUUCCUGAGAGAAUUAGGGCAGAUUUAUGAGGCAGAACAUUUUAUGCUCAAAGGGGAAAAUGCAAGUGAAAGAAAAUUCACUCAACUCCCUGCAUUUGCUGCUGAUCUCUUACUGGGUGGAUUCCCACUGGAGCUGAUAGAUGGAGAUGCUUCUAAUAUCCCAAUGCAGUGGCUGCAGGAUGUACUGACUGAGCUGGACAAUAAAACAGGAAAAUGCUGCAGAAUGGGGGUAAUCACUGUACUGGGGGUGCAGAGCACAGGGAAAUCCACCCUUCUAAACACAAUGUUUGGGCUGCAGUUCCCAGUCUCUAGUGGACGAUGCACACGAGGAGCUUUUAUGACACUAAUGAAAGUGAGAACAGAUUUCCAGCAGGAAUUGGGCUGUGAGUUUAUUCUGGUGAUUGAUACUGAAGGCUUGAAAGCUCCUGAACUGGCCUCUUUGAAGGACAGCUAUGAACAUGACAAUGAACUUGCAACACUGGUUGCUGGGUUAAGUGACAUCACAAUUGUAAACAUGUCGAUGGAAAAUACAUCCGAGAUGAAGGAUAUUUUGCAGAUAGUGGUCCAUGCCUUCCUUAGGAUGAAAGAGAUUGGAAGGAAACCCAACUGCCAGUUUGUACAUCAGAAUGUAAGUGAUGUCUCUGCCUAUGAAAAUAACAGUAAGGACAGGAUGAAACUUCUGGAACAUCUGAAUGAAAUGACCAAAAUUGCAGCAAAUAUGGAAAAGAAAACUAAAUGUACAGCUUUUUCUGAUAUUAUGAUGUACAAUCCUGAGCAAGACGUCUGUUACAUUCCUGGUCUCUGGAAUGGAGACCCACCAAUGGCUGCUAUAAACACUGCUUACAGUGAGACCAUCUCUGACCUUAAAAUGCAUUUAAUUGAAUGCAUGAAGAACAAGGGACACCGAAUUGUUGACUUUAUAAAAUGGAUAGAAAGUCUAUGGAAUGCUGUGAAACAUGAAAACUUCAUCUUCAGUUUUAAAAACAGCCUAGUAGCAAAUGCCUACAACCAACUGGCUAAGAAAUACUCAGACCUGGAGUGGAAGUUCACUAAGGCAAUGCUUAAAUGGCUAGCAGAGACUGAAACAGUCAUCAAGAAUCAAAAUGAGCAGAUGGUGGAUUGUAAAGGGGCAAAAUGUGCAGCGUAUUCCAUCCUCAAUGAGGAGGAGGAGAGAAUGAAGAAGGAAUUAGAGAAAUAUUUUUCAAGUGAAAACAAAGAGGCCAGUCUAGUAGAGAGGUACAAAGCUGAAUUUCUAACUAGCGCAAGUUGCCUUAGGAAGAAGCUUGAGGAGUCAGUUCUUAGCAAAUAUGAUGAGGCAAUUCAUAUCCAUAAGGAGAACAUAAAGGUAAAAAAGGUUAUCAGUGAAUACAAAGAAGUUAUUGAUAAAAAGAUCACCAGUCUUGUGAUGAAGUGCAGGGAACAAAAAUAUAAAUCUGAUGAAAAUACACUUAAAAAAGAAUUUGAGUUAAUGUGGGCAGACACUAUAUCAGAGUUAAAUGUCACUGCCCUUCCAGAACCCAACAUUGAACUUGAUUUACUCGCACAACUCAAGAAAGAUAUGGCAUCAAGAGGUUCUUCUGUCAAUCAAAUAUUAAACAACAUAAACCAUCUUCCAAAGCAGGAAAAGCUUCAUGUUCAUCAAAAUAUGUCAACAAUUCUUUUUAAAAAAAUAAUGAAUACAUUGUCUUCUUUGAAUAAUGAUUUCAGUUCUGAAAAACUAGAAGAAUUUUCCAACUCUAUUUCAGGCAAAUAUUCUGAGUUUGCAAAUAAUAAGCUAAAUUCAAAAUCUGCCUAUGACGAGUCGUAUGGAUUGGAGAUACUAAAUUCAGUAAAUUCAGUGUGCGAUCAAAACAAAGAUCUUCGGAUCUCAGCGGAUAUAGAGUUGGAUCUGAAACUCUUUAUUUUGGGUAAUGCUUUGGGUGAUUUAGAACAGAUACAUAAGGAAUUUGUUAUGAAGAAUGAUCCUCUGAUUUGUCUUGGAGAGAUGAAGCCUAAAUAUUCCAGUACUUUCCAAUCUUUAUUUCAGGAGAAAUAUGGAAUCUGGGAGCGAGCCAAACAUUUUUGUGCCUUGUGGUUAAAGCCAGCUCUGAUUGAGCAGGUAAACAGAAAACUUGGAUUGGAAAUAGUAGAUCAGAUUCUAGACAACCGUGAAUCCAAUCAGUACAGCACAAGAGGAUACUUCCAAUUCACUGUGAUGAAACAUCUUCUAGAAAAGAGUAAUUUCUCUGACUACUUAGAAUACAUUAGUGAUUAUGAAACAUUUGUCAAAAAGUGGAUACAUAACUGUAUUUUAGAAAAAUGUGACUUCCACCAUCUGCAAUCUGUUAUUCUUUCUACCAUCACAAGGAAGAUAAAGGAAAUUAUCAAUGAGUCAAGGACCCUUAACUUUCAAAAAACAUCUGAUUUUUUUGUACACCUUAAGGAAGGAAUGAGGAGUGAUCUAGUGUUACCAGAUGAUAUGGAUGUGUUUUGUCUGAAGGAUGAAGGAAAUGUUAAAGAAUUUCUUGAAAACCUUGAGAAAUCCCUUAGUGACACUGAAGAAGAAAUUAUAACAGAGAUGAAAGCAAAAGACAAGGAAACAAUUCUUUCAAAGGUUGUGGUAAAACCAGUUUAUGAAUUGUUUAAGAGAGUUUUUGGAUGUGGGAAGCAAUGCCCAUUCUGUAGAGUUCCCUGUGAGGCCGGUGGAAAUGAUCAUGAAAUUCACUUUGCGUCUAUUCACCGACCUACAGGACUGGGAAGAUACAGAUACAUUUUCUCACAGACUCUUUGCCAUGAUAUCUGCACCACUAAUGUAUCUGGCAAUAAAUCAUUUAUACAUUUAAAUGACUCUUCUCAUCCCUAUAAAGAAUACCGAACAAUUUACCCAGACUGGAACAUUCUCCCCGACCCAAGUAUCGAGGCCUCUGAUUAUUGGAAAUAUGUUCUUAAAGAAUUUAAUGAUCAAUUUGCAGAAGAAUAUAAAGCCCAACCUGCUGACUAUCCUGAGAAAUGGAAUACAAUAACUAAAGCACAGGCAGAAAGAUGCCUCAACACUGCCUUUGGUAUGAAAUCAAAUACUUCAGAAUAAUAUGUAAAAAAAACACUUUACUCAAAUGUACCACCAAUUCUGUCAGUAUAGACCCAAGUUGCUAAUAGAAUAGUAAUUUUCUACAGGUUAUUCUGUAAUUUUGUAGGGUGAGCCAAUUGUAAUUAUGGGCAUUAUUAUAAAGCAGAGAUCCCCAACCUUUUAUACCAGUGAGCCACAUUCAAAUGGAAAAAGUAUUGGGGAGCAACACAACCAUGAAAAAGGUUCCUGGUGGUGCCAAUAAGGGCUAUAAUUGGCUAUUUAAUAGCCCCCAUGUAGACUGGCAGCCUACAGAAGGAUCUGUUUGACAUUAUUCUGGGUUUCUAUGCAACCAUAACUUGCCCCCAAGCCAGGAAUUCAAAAAUAAGAGCCUUCUUUGAGGCCACAGGGAGCAACAUCCAAGGGGUUGGUGAGCAACAUGUUCCUCAUGAGCCACUGGUUGGGGAUCACUUUUAUAAAGCAUCAAAGGAGUAUCAUUUACUACAUGAGUGGAAUUAUAUCAUUUAUAGCAAUAUAAGGAUUUUAUCAUCUUAAAAGAACACCAAUAGCUUUUGUUGAAAAGUAAUUGGUGAACGUGCAUUAUGGAAUCAGCGGCUGUUUGGACACAAAAUGUAUAUAAAAUGUAGAUUUCUAAUCUGUUUUGUGACAUAUAUUCCUUGUAUGUGUAAAAGAGAUCCACCUAGUGGAGAAGAGGUUAAUGUGUUGUGUGAUACUGAGAAAGAAAAGACAUUGCUCCACCUGGUGUCACUAGUCAGCUGACACAGAAGGUCUUUGUGUAUGGAGGAAAAAGAAGUUCCUUACAAAGGGAACCUGAUAUUGCUAAGGACUAAAUCUAAAAAUAUAGAGAUAAAGCUCCAUGUCAAUUGGUGUCAAAAGGAAUCUGGUUCCAGAUGAGGAAAAGAGAGGGGAGUAACCCAGUGUAUUGGGUCCUGCUCACAUGAGCAGGAGCUUACAUUCUGUAUUUGUGGAUGGUGUUGGUUGUCAAAAGUACCUGCCAAAAAUCUGAACAGACUGUGUGCUGUUUAAAUGUGAAAUAAAGUGAAGGAAAAGUCCUAUUUUAUGGCA